AUGAAUGGGAGGUGUGCUUACCAUGCCUUGGAAGGCGAAACGGCGCAGAAGCAGUCGCAGGGCAAAGGAAGCUCGAUAUCAAAACAUGUUUCGUUUGCGAGGUUGAAGAUGGUCCAGGAAGAGGGAGGGAAGAAGAAGCUGUAUCCAAAGUAUCACUGUGCGGUUGGUGUGUAUAUUGGAGGUGGAGGUGAGGAGGAAGAGGAGGUUCGUCGAAAUAUAUACUGCCGUAUAUGGAUUUUCCGCCCAAUGAUCCCGUCAAACUUCUGCGCCACUAUACAACAGAAGCAAGACGCGGACAAGUUAACGAGCUUGAAAGAGUAUAAUCGAGGUUCUCCCCGGUUUCAAUAG